ACCUUAAUUGAUGGUUUUCAAAAGUCAGCUAGUCGGAAGAUCAGAGCUUAAGUUAGGAGACCAUAUAUAUGUUUCUCCAGAUUUGAUGACAACGCCUCACUACGGCAUCGUCAUCGGGGAAGACAAAAUCAUUCAUUAUGUGAACCCAGUUGAGACGGGUGGUUGGGGUUGUCUUGGUGACUGGUGCACACCUUUUAUGAGCUCAACUAGCGGCAGCAACAGUGGUGGUGGCGAUGGCCAUGGAAAGGAGCGAAAGAAACGUUGCCCGAUAUCUUAUUGUGGACAGGAGAAAGUAGCCGGAAGUAGAGUGAGGUUGUCUUGCAUAGAUUGCUUUAUCAACGAACAGAGAUUUCUAUCUCAAUUGUCAUAUGAAUCGGAUCCCCCAGAAGAAGUGAUAGAUAGAGCUACUUAUCUAUAUGAAAAUUGGUGUUCCAAGUAUACACUGAAGGGAAUUGAUAACGAUAAAGAUUUUGCAAUUUAUUGCAAGAUUGCUCCAUUUGAUAUUGAUGGUCUGCCCAACUUUCGAAGUAUAAACAGUCGGGGUUCCAAGAACAAUCUGCGAAGCUUUGCACCAGCUGAUGUUCCACUAUUCGGAAUAAACAGACCGAAGAAGAGAUCUGGUGUGAAGAUAUGGUUAAGUAAGUACAAGAGUCGUUUGAAUUCACAAUGAAUAAAAACCCACCUCGGAAAUAUUCAACCAUUUGUGGUGUCGGGAUGCAUGUAUUCAUGAAGCUCCAUCAAUCAAGCAAACUUUCAUAUUUUUAAUGUAUUAUCGUUAUUAUGUGUGUAGUUAGUUAAUGAAUUUGAUAUGAUUCCAAUGUCAAAACUUUAUAUCAUUCAUUGAA